AUGAAAAACUGUCCCAACAACAGCAUUGUCAGUAAAGUAGUAGGAGCCACAGCAGGAGCAACUGCUCAAGUCAACCACCAACAGGCCGCCCAUUUUAAUCUGAUUACGAAUCCAGCAGCAGUAGCUGCAGCGGCUAACCCUUUAUCUGCUACUGCCGCUGCCAAUAUAAACAAUAGUCUCAUUUCCCCGCCAUCGAUUAUGACAAACGCAAAUAAUGCAAUUAUCCUAGCAGCUCAUCACCAACAACAUCCGGCAACAAUGCAUCAGCAUCACCCUUUUACUCCGGCACACCAUCACCACCACCACCACCAUCUGAUAGCAGCAGCAUCGGUCAAUCCAAGUGCUACGAUGACACCAAUUGCGGCCGCUGCCAAAUUUUACCAUCACCAACCAACGGCAACGAUCGUGAAUUCAAUGCUAGCACCAGCAUCCAGUUCCGCUUCUUCCAACAACAUUCACAGUGGCCGUCAGCUGCCAGUGCGAACAAUUACUGCAGUUGUUGGUGCUAUGACCACGGUUGCUACUCUAGCAUCGACUGCAGCUACGACAGUGCUAUCUCCUUCAUCUUCCGCAACCGCCAAUGGAAUUGUUCCUCAAAGCAAUGGUAGUAAUAAUAGUAGUACUAGUAACAACAGCAGCAGUAACAGUAUUGCAGCAGCCGUCGCUGCUAUCAUCAACAGUAAUUUGAACUUUAGAAACAGCAACCAUCGUAGCAACAGUAUCUCUACUAAUAAAACAGGUGUAAUAGUUCCCAGCAACAAUAGCGCUAUCAGUGGUAACGGCAGCAGCAGUAUCGAGCAUAAUCAUUUUAAACACAAACUGAAUAACGACAAUGAAACUAGCACAGGUCACACUGAGCACAGCAGCAACGGGGAAGAUGUCGAUCCUGCACGAAAGAAGAUUAAGUUGGAAAAUGGUAGCAGUGAGUAUACUGACAACACUAUCAGCAGUAAUUGCGCUGCAGUGGAAGGGACAGCCACAACAACGACCACUAUGACAACAACGAUGACGACCACACAAAUAACAAACAACGUCGGUAAUGCGGACAAUGGCAAAAUCAAGCAGGAAAGAUGA